AGGAAGAGGAUCAGCAGACGCCAGAUACAAGCUUAUUGGCCGGGAUAAGGAUGACGUGGCAGCACAGCACAACCAACCACAGAAGCAGUGAAGUGGAUGAACAGAGUGGGAGUAUAGAUAUUAGUCCUGGUGCAGCAGUAACAUGUGACUCGCCCAAACCUCCACGUUGAUGUCAAGAAAAGGAAAAACCCGACUUACUUCCUUGUUACCGGCUCACAACUCCGAGAAGAAGCGUCCUGUCGACACACUUCAUCAGCAGAGAGACACAGAGACACUUUUCACAUGGACAUGUCAGCAGAAAGACGCUUCUCACCGCUCCUCUGAGGGUUUUAAGGUGGAAGGUGAGCGAGUUGAAGCUGAAGAGAUGAAUACUGAUGUUGCUCUCUUCACAUCUGUACACCCGUGGAGUAAAACCAGCACCCGUCUGAACCUCCCAGACUCUGACACUUCUGCAUGGAUCUUCCCUUCCCUCCUCCCGGCUCCAAACUCCGCCCGUCCCUCCUGUGAGAGAAUGUACCCCGGCGAACCCGACCCUUUCCCGGGACCCCAGCACCUGCCGGAGGCCCAGCUGGACCUCUUCCACAAGCUCGGGUACUCCACGGCUCAGGUUCAGGCCGUACAGCAGAUGUUCGGCCCCAACAUGGACACAGAUAAACUUCUGGGGGAGCUGGUGAGGAUCGGGGCCAGCCGGGACCCUGGCCGAGGGGCCGAGCAGGGGCCGGUGACCACCAUGUCGGUGCUGGUGCCCAGAGAGGACCCCCAGGCUGCGGGCCCCACCAUGCUGCUGCCUCUUACUGCAUCGUCUCCUCCGAGCAGAGAGGAGAGCGGUGAGGAUGAAGACACUCUGAGACCCAUUGUUAUAGAUGGGAGCAACGUGGCCAUGAGCCACGGGAACAAGGAAGUUUUCUCUUGUAUGGGAAUCCAGCUGGCUGUGAACUUCUUCAUGGACAGAGGCCACACUGAAAUCACCGUGUUUGUUCCCUCGUGGAGGAAGGAGCAGCCUCGGCCAGAUGUUCCCAUCACAGAUCAGCACAUUCUGCGAGACCUGGAGAGGAGGAAGAUCCUGGUGUUCACGCCGUCGAGACGUGUCGCAGGCAAACGGGUAGUCUGUAACGACGACUGCUUCAUCGUCAAGCUGGGCUACGAGUCCGACGGCAUCAUCGUGUCCAACGACAUGUACCGGGACCUUCAGGGAGAGAAGCCGGAGUGGAAACGCUUCAUCGAGAAGAGGCUGCUCAUGUACUCCUUCGUUAUUGACAAGUUUAUGCCUCCUGAUGAUCCUCUGGGCCGCGAUGGACCGACACUGGAGAACUUCCUGCGGAGGUUUCCAAAGACUCAGAAGAAACUGCCAUGCCCUUAUGGAAAGAAAUGUACUUUUGGAAUCAAAUGUAAAUACCACCACCCUGAGCGAGCCAAACAGUCCAACCGCUCGCUUGCAGAUGAGCUUCGUGAGAACGCCAAGCACCCGUCCACCGCUCAGAAACAAUCCUCGGCUCGCUCGAGUCCCGUGCCUGGACAGAGCCUCUCGCUGGUGGAGGAUAUGGCGAAGAAACUGACUCUGGGACACGAGAGUGGCUCCUUAAAGAAAGAUCAUAAACAUGAACAGUUGAAGGCGAGUCACCGCUCCAGCAAGAGGGCCACAUCUAGAAAGGAGAAGACCGGCCAGCAGUCGUCUUCAGAUCACGGCUCGGUGCGGCAGAGUCAGGAGCAGCUGGACUCUGGUUUAGGCUCCAUAGACAGUCAGCCAAUGGAAGCUCCUUGGAGUGAUCACCAGUACGGGGCGACGUACGGGAGCUCUCAGCACACCCACAAUGUGAGACAACAGUACUGCCCUCCGUGCAGCUGCUGCUCACAUGGCGCUUCCUCUAGGGCGUCCACGCCAGCUUUCCAGCACCACAACCAGCAGUACAGCCUCGGGCCCGUCAGCAGCCACAACUCUGAUAUGAUGCCUUACCCGCCUCAUUACGCCAGCUACGGUGUAUACCCAGCCAGCAUGCCUACGUACAGUCAGCCGACAGAUUUCCAGCACGGCAGAGUCCACGGCCGUCAGCAGCUCUGGUCCGAUCCUUUGGGGGGUUAUUCUCCGAGGGUCCGCAGCCUGCCGGGGGAACGCUCGCACUGGGAGCCUCCUCGGGGGACGAGUCCCGGCGGAGAGGAGAGAGAGGUCGUCCGGAAGAAGCUCCUCGCUAUCUUCAGCGUCCACUUGGUGGACGCCGCCAUGGACAUGUUUCCUCAGCUGAUGGAUCCACAGAUGCUGGUUGCUGAGAUCCUCAAGCUGCAGAGUCAGCUGAGAUGAGAUGAAGUCCAGCGACCGUCUGAAACCACGUCUUUCAGUGGAAAGACUGAAACAUGAGUUUGUGUGUUUAUGUAUUGUGGUAUCCACCUUGCUGUAUUUGAAUGCCUGUGUUACGUUGUAAGUUGCCUCAGUGAACUGGGUCAAAUGAGAGGCACUAUGUAGUUGAUACAAAUUGUAUCUUUAUUUAAAAAUGUCAAAGGAAAAAGUGGAUUUUAAAGCCACUAUAUGGGAUUUAAUAAAGUAACAUCCUGUUACUAUUAAGGUGUAACUCAGAAUCCACAUUACUGUUCUGCCAUAACAUCUACUUUUAUUAUGCUUAAUGUGUUUUUGUGUCAUAUUGGCACCGUGCACGUUUAUGCUUUCUCUGCCAACUAAUCAAACCUUCAGUAAAAGUGUCAAAUAAUGUUGAGUUAUUGUGAUGCACAAUUAUUAGGGGCAAUAUUUAACCUUAAAUAAUAAUGAAUAAACUGGUUUUAUUCAUUCUUUAUAUUCCCAGUUGUUUAUUUUGUGUUACUUUGUACAAGUUGCCCCACAACAGCACUCGCUUGCUGUAAAUGUGUAUUACUGUUCAUAGAAUGCUAGAUGCAGUUUUUCUGUGACAUAAAUUGUGAUGUUUUGUAACAGUAAAGCUUUUUUUGGGAUCAGACCAGAGAUGAAACCACGACUGUCAGUAGAGCUCUAGGGGGCAGUUUAACAAAAAUGUCAAUGUUUAAUUUAUAGGUACAUAUAUUUUAUACUAUUUA